AUGCAGGACUCUGGGGAGGAAUUAGCCAAGUUUUCGACUUGUGAUGUGGCCGAUGGUCUGCUCAAUCUUCAUUCAAUAGUGGACGGAGGAUACUUCCCUAACUUGACACAGUAUUCUCAAAGAUCGAAGGUAUCAGUGGUUGGAAGAGCUUAUACAGUACUAUUUGCGCCCGUCGAUGAUCCAAGACCGGCGGUGAACUAUAUUGAUGCAAUCUCGAAGGGCUGUUUCCUUGUAAUUGCGCUUUCGAAGGAGUUACAGACUCCAUAUGCACCUUACGUUAAGGUAACACAGGCAUGCUAUGGUGGCCUCAUGUCUACGAGAGCAAAGUACCAAGGUGCAGUCGGCUCAGUCAUCUUUGGCCGCGUCAGAGAUAUCGAGGAGCAUCGAGCACUCGAAUAUCCUGUUUUUAGUUAUGGAUUAGGUGCUUGUGCUCCGAAGAUGGCAAUCAAGCCCGUUGCCAUCAACGUACCAUUGGAAAUUUUAUGCAUUGAUGGAGCUGACAAAAUCAUAAAACCGGCUGACUACAUUGUCGGUGACGAGCAUGGGGUAGUACGGAUUCCAGGCGAUAUGGAUAUGGCAGCCCUCCUGGAGUACAUGAAAACUUCUGUAGAGGCAGACGAACUGGUUGUUCAAGACAUUAAUGCCGGUGUCCCGGCCAAGCAGGCUCAGAAGGAGCGCAGGGAAGUUCUCCAAAGAUUCUUAUAG